AUGAUUAUGUAAUUUCGAAAAACCCUUAGAAUUCUAAAUAUUACUAUGAAAAAGUUAUUGACUUUGAAUUAUUCAUUUUAAGCAAUAAAUUUAAAUAUACUCAAAUAUUUUGACAACAAAUAUGCAAAUUAAAUAUAUUUGAAGAAGCAUUGGAGUUUUAUGAUUAGGCAAUUAUGA